AUGGAACAAGCACCUGGAUCAGACAUCAACAUGUCUGCUUGGCUCCGCCCCUGCAGUAACGCCUCCUAUGAGCCUCCAAUCAGAGCAGUGCGUCCGUACAGCACCUGUCAGCUCAUCCUCAUCGUCAUGGUAACAGCAUCCCUCAGCUUCCUCACUGUGCUUGGCAACACGCUGGUGAUCAUCUCAGUCAAAGUAAAUCGCCACCUGCGGACUGUCAAUAACUACUUCCUGUUGAGCCUGGCGGUGGCCGACCUGUUCAUCGGCCUGUUCUCCAUGAACCUGUACAGCCUCUACCUGCUGCUGGGCCGUUGGCCACUGGGGGCAGCGCUCUGCGACAUGUGGCUGGUGCUGGACUAUGUGGUGAGCAGCGCCUCCGUCCUGAACCUGCUGAUCAUCAGUUUGGAUCGAUACUUCUGCGUGACACGCCCCUUGAUUUACCCGACGCGUCGGACAGGAAGGAUGGCUCUUCUGAUGAUCGCUGCCGCCUGGCUGUUGUCCUUCGUCCUCUGGGCGCCGGCCAUCCUCAGCUGGCAGAACGUCGGGGGCAAACGAUCCGUCCCCGACGGACAAUGUUACACACAGCUGCUGUCCAGCCCGGCCGUCACUCUGGGGACGACGCUUCCUUCCUUCUACCUCCCGGCCAUCGUCAUGGUCGUCCUGUACAGCCGCCUGUCGGCCGGCAGCCGCAGCCGGCUGAGCGUCCUCCAGUCCGAGCGGGGCGCCCUCAGGACGUCCAGUCCGUCCGUCAAAGACUUCCUCAUGAAACGAUGGAGCUGGGUGACCAGCGACCCUUGUUCAGAUCUGUCUCUGAACCAAUCAGAGUCCAGCCCAACAAAGACCAGAAGGAACCGGAGGGCGUCGAGAAGUCCCGGAGACACGCCAGAGCUCGCAGACGUCUGUCUGUCCCGCCAGCAGCGUCUCACCCAGGCCGCCGGCCGUCGCACCAGAUUUGAAGAUUACAACAAAAUUGAGAACGACUCCUCCUCCAACACUGACCUCCACAGGACGGCGUCCAUGGCUCUGUCCACCUGUCCCAGUUUCAGGUCUCAGGAGACCAGGAUGCAUCGGGUGAUGGCGAGGGAGAGGAGGGUCACCAAGACCAUCUUGGCCAUCUUGCUGGCCUUCAUCCUCACCUGGACGCCCUACAACAUCAUGGCCGUCAUCGCCGCCUUCUGUCACGUCUGUAUCCCGAUCAGCCUGUGGACCGUGGGCUACUGGCUCUGCUACAUCAACAGCGCCAUCAACCCGGGCUGCUACGCCCUCUGCAACGUCACCUUCAGGAAAACCUUCUGCAGCCUCCUGCGCUGCCGCCGCUCAAAGCUCCGCUGA